CUUGACCUUAUUUCUUCUCGUUCCAUGACACAGGACAAUGACUCGGAGUACGCGAAUGCAUCAAUGACUGUAGGACGCAUGAACGCGCCCACAGAGGCUCCAGAAUCUGUUAUCGAUCGAAAGUACAAUGUCUGCCAGACAUGUUUGCUCCAUCCCGGCUUGUGGCAAGACCUUCAAACGUCCAGAGCACUUGAGCCGACAUCGCCUGAAUCAUCGACCCAAGAAGAUCUACACAUGCGAGACAUGCCACAAAGACUUCGUUAGACUCGAUUUGCUGCAAAGGCACCAAAGACGCCAUGAGCGCGGCAUGUCUUAUCGAAACUCUGGCGGUUAUGUGCCUGAUACCCCGACUUCACCUUCGGCAACCCAUGUAUCCGACGCUCCUGCUGCAGAAGUCGAUAUGAAUUUGCCCGCUGAAGAGGUCGCACCGCAACAGCAGCAUGCUGACGCUGUGUCUUCACCGCUUCCUGUCCCAUUGAACACGGCUCUAACAUUCGAGACCAUUGACUACCCAGAUUUUCUGCAGGGGCCGCAAAUGGGCACUGGCCACCAUGUCAUAUUCGAUGCCUCAGAUGGUGCGCAUGGCCUUGCCGAAGACCUGGACUGGCUCUUUGGGAAUGUCGCUCUCCCAGACGAUUUUGCGCUGGAUCCCUCAUUAGACAUCACCAUUCCGAACGAUGUCUCCUUCGCUUCCCCCAACAGUACACUAUCUCAUCAACCCAGCAUAGAUACACCAUCAUUGGCGUCCAGUCCGUGGUUUACCGCACGGACACGACUUCUAGAUGCCCUUCGCACAAUGCCGCAGGAUCUGCUGGGAGACCCGUUCUUUGAACCUAGCAACCUCAAAUCCUUUUUCGACAUUUACUUCGCAAACUACAAUGCUCACUUUCCAAUCCUGCAUCAGGCUUCUUUUAAUUUGGAUGACACCCCACCUCUACUCCUUGCCGCACUUCUCACCCUGGGUGCUACCCUGUCGCCUGAAUCUGCCCACUAUCGGACGGCGGAAAGGAUUCACGAAAGCUUGAGAUGGCUAAUAUUCAGCAGCGGGAGUUUUCAGCCGCCCGCACCUCUGUGGUGUCUGCAAGCAUUGCUCCUUGUCCAGGCAUACGAGAAGAUGUUCUCAACUCGAAGGCAUCAUGAGAUGGCACACAUAUUCCACGGCGCUGUUAUCACCCUCAUGCGAAGAGGAGGUUCAUAUUCGUCCGAUUCCACUGACGAUGCGACGAAAGCGUCCUCGGCAGAGAGAGCGUGGCACUCAUGGGUCGAACAAGAAUCUUUUAAGCGAGUUGCAUAUUUUGCAUUUAUUAUGGACGCCCAACAUUCCUCAAUUUUCGGCCAUACUCCUGCACUCUCUGUCAGCGACGUACGUCUUGCACUACCUUGUGCAGAUGAAGUGUGGGACAGCUCGACUCCUUCGUCAUGGAAAAAGAGGCUGUCUGAGUCUGCACAAGCGGUACAAUUCUUGCCUACGUUGCGGUCUUUACUGUCACGUCGUCCGAUACCCUCAAGCUGCAGCCCAUUCGCACGGUUCGUCUUGUUACAUGGCUUGUUCAAUGUCACGAAACAUAUGCAGGCGCGGGACUUGAUGGCCAUGGAUAUUGAGACCGGAAGAGCCUCGGAUCAUGGCGCUGAGUCGACACCACCCUCGACCAUAGGCGACGACAACUGGAAAGAGAUCCUGGACCGGGCUAUCGAUACUUGGUCAUUCUCUUUGAUGUCUCAAAGACCGUCUUUGUGUCUCGAAGCUGGGAGACCGCUACACCGCAUGGCUCACGUCACCAUCUACGUCAACUUGAUCGACUUUCAUACCUUCGCUGGCGCGCCCUCACUUACUGGCAGCACAACGAGGCAUGAAUAUGCCAAGGCGAAACGGAGAAUCCAAGUCUGGUGUGAAAGACCAUCAGCAAAACGCACACUAUCACAUUGCAUUCUGCUCAUUCAAGAGACCAUGUUCACACGGAAGCGUUAUCGAGCACCCGAAGAUAACAUCGCUUUGCGCCCUUGGUGCUUGUACCAUGCUACCCUGAUACUGUGGGCCUUUGGUAUACUCACGGAGGGCAAAUCUGCCGAGAAGAUCAGCGCAGAGGACUAUCUGGUUCAUAUGCUGAGCGGCCUGAUGGAUCAUCACAGCGAAUUGAAAGGGACAAACAGGACACUCGGACUGUUGACCGUGGUCAAGGAGUCGCUUUCGGAUUGUCGGUGGGAGUUGUUACAAGAGGCGUGCACAACUCUUGGAAAGUUGAUCGAGCUAUCAGUUCCAUGAUGGAGAUACGAGACCUUUGACACUGCUUACUUCAAAUAAGGAAGGGCUCGGGUAGUGAUGCUGUCGCAUUUUGAACUACAUCAGACUGGUAUCAUUGCUGGGAUAUUCACAGGAAUCAGUUGCUAUCUACGAUAUAGCCUUGGUCAGGCUGUCACAUAAGAUAGUGAUAGCGGCCCUUCCUGCCUCGAGCACUGCAUCCAUGGCCAAGAAUGGGUGAGGCAUGCCCUCCAUGACAUGUACAGUCGCUUCCACACCAGCUUCUCUCAGCUUUCGGGCAUAAGCUUCGCCUUCGAAUUUCAACACAUCGAGUUCUCCAACCACGACUACUGCUGCCGGAAGCUUGGAAAAGUUCUCUGCAGGGUACAAUAUCGGCGAAGCCUCUGGAUUGCUCCAGUCCUUCUCGUUGGGCAGGUAAUGCCUCCUGUACCAGAGCAUCUUCUCCGCUGGAAGGGCCGCGGUGAAUUCGUUGCUCUUGUAUGUCGGAUUGGACUCGACAGUCGCCGUGUUGUCGGUGACGGGAACAAUCAAGAGUUGAAGAGUGAACUUGAUGCUGGGAUAUGAAAGCGCUUUCUGAGUCAUGAUGGCCGCAAGAUUGCCGCCCGCCGAGGAACCUCCAAUGGCGACGUUGGACAGAUCUAGCGAAAGGGUCGAUUUGCCCUCUCCGAAGACCCACAGAACAGUUUCCCAAGAAUCGUGGACAGCCGCCGGCCAUGGGUGUUCGGGAGCGAGUCGAUAAUCAGUGGUGAUGACCACGUAUCUGGAUCGAGCACACAUGUUCGUGCAGACCGUGUUCUCGGUGGAGAUGUUGCCUAACACCCAGCCACCACCAUGGUAGUAUAUCAUGACGGGCCAGCCAUUCGCCGGUGGCUCGCCCUCGGGAGUGAAGCAUCUGAUCUGGACAUCGGGUCCUUCGGUUUGCUGGCGCUUGAGUGCAAUAUCUUGGGUCCUGCCGACGGGGAGGGGAUCUCCGCCACCGGGAAUGAUCUUGCCUCCCACUCGAGAUGCCGAGACUGGCUGGUAGUGCACCUGUUGGGAGUUGAUUAUGUGUUCAUUGUAAAACUUGACAUACUCUGGAUGGAGUUUGUCCUUGACAGAAUCGUGGAGUGGGUACGGUGGUUGAGGGUGUGUUAACGACAUUGUCACCAGUAGACUUGCUUGGGUCACGGGCGAGCUUGAGCUGAGCGUUAUCGAUUCUUUUAUCUGCUGCC